CGAGUUAACAUUUGAUGAGACAAUGCUCGUGUACUUCCCUCUCCGCCAUGGGGCGCAAAGACCAGACCAGAGCAGAGCAGAGCAGAGCAGAGCAACCACCCGGUAAUCCGUGCGCCUCUUGCCGUGGACAUAAUUAGAUUACGGUGGUGCACCGAUCACUGCUGCUGCUGCUCCUGCGGUAAAUGCGAGAAUACCUUCCGACAAAAAAAAACCUCCCUUUCUGACUCCGCAUCGCCUCCCUCUCUUUCUCUCUCCUGCUAAUGUGGUUAGGUCUCUCCUCUCUCCUCCCCCUCCCUCCCACCUUCCUCCCUCCUCUCUGUCUCUGGAUGAGGACGCAAAGGGGGGAACACUAGAGGAGAUAUACUGUUACCCUGCCUCUCUCCUCCACAGCUCGCACUCACCUCCUAAGUCCCGCACUGGAGACUCAAACUAACAGGAGACAAGAGGAGGAGGACACUAUCUGUCACCUCUUUUUUUUUUUUUUUUUUUUUUUGUCUGUGUGACUUGAACACAAACUCAUUUUUCUCCUCGGCUUGAAGGCGCGGACAGACAGCGGCAUUUUCCCAUCCCCUUAGAAAUAAAAGAAAGAAGUGGAGCCGGGUGGAUGAGUUGUGUGGAUGUUAUUUCCUGGAUUUUCUCCUCGGGCUGUGUCUCACCGCGGCCCCGGACACGGCAACAGUGUGUGGAAAAGUAGAUUUGUAUGUUAAACGUAUGGCUUCAACGAUAACACGCUGGAUGCUUGGUGAAGCAUGGUGGUGAAGAUGGUUAGAACGCACUUAAUGGGGCCUCUGUCACAGGGCCGGGUCAAAUGGCCGAGCAUAAUGGGAACAGGAGUCCUUUAUCUGCUGCUACUAUCAACUUGUCUCGGCCAAGACACAGAAGACUGGCAAUAUGAGGAAUGUAAACUGUCCCGGUCGGGUCCUCCUGCCACCAUUGUUGCCAUAGAUGAAGAAAGCCCCAACGGAACGUUAUUGGUUGAGAACAUGCAGAUAAAUGGCGUGGCCGAGGGUCCGGAUCGUACCAUCUCCCUGUCGCUAAGGGAUAACCACGACUACUGGGUGAUCCUGGACCCUUCCAAACAAGCCCUUUACCUCAACAGCACUGGACGGCUUCUGGAUCGAGAUCCCCCCUCCUAUAUUCAGUCCAUUGUGGUUCAGGUUCAGUGCACCAAUGAGCUCGUCGGCACGGUGAUCUUACAUGAAGUCCGCAUUGUUGUACGAGACCGCAACGACAACGCACCACGUUUCCAACAGCCAAGAUACUACGUUGCCGUCAGCGAGCUGACGCCAGUAGGAACCACUAUCUUCUCUGGUUUCUGGGGGAACAAUGGGGCAGCAGACAUCGAUGACGGUCCCAAUGGACAGAUAGAGUACACCAUCCAGUACAACCCCAAAGACCCGACAACAAACAGAACCUUUGACAUCCCUCUGACACUGUUCGGCUCCGUAGUUCUCAAAGAAAGACUCAACUAUGAGGAGAUAACACGCUACCUGGUCAUCAUACAAGCAAAUGACCGAGCCCCCUAUCCCAGCGAGCGCCGUACGGCCACCACCACUCUGACUGUGGACGUACUGGAUGGUGACGACUUGGGUCCCAUGUUUUUGCCAUGUACGCUUGUGGGAAACACCCGUGACUGUAGUCCCAUCACGUACCGGGCUAAUGUACUGGAGUUGACAGAGCCGAAUAAGGUGAAUCCCGUCAAUGUGACUCCACCCAUUCAAGCUGUGGACCAAGACAGAAACAUACAACCUCCGUCUGACAGGCCGGGUAUUCUGUACUCCAUCCUCAUCGGCAAACCAGAGUCCUAUGCAGACUAUUUCAGCCUGAAUGGAACCACGGCGGAGCUCCUGCUACUGAAGCCCAUCGAUAGAGAACUCUACCGCAGAUUUGAUCUGGUUAUCAAGGCAGAGCAGGACAAUGGCCACCCCUUGCCGGCGUUUGCCAACCUCCAAAUCGAAGUUCUGGAUGAAAACAACCAGGCACCCUACUUCCUGGAGACCGGUUACCAUGGCUACGUCAGUGAGGCAUCACCAGUGGGAACCACCAUAGCGACCACUGCCAGCCUGUCUGCACCGCUGGCCAUCGUGGCUCUGGAUAACGAUGUGGAGGAGACCAGAGACCCUCAGCUCCAGUUCUCAUUGGACAGCUAUUCUGAUGUCUUCUCCGUGUCUGCCACUGGAAUAAGAAGACAUCUCACCCUGCUGCAGCCGCUGGACAGAGAGACGCAGGACUCUUACACAUUCACGCUUUCAGCAUCAGACGGCGUCCAGCAGAGCAUUCCAGUUACUGUGACAAUAACAGUUUUGGAUGCUAACGACAACACUCCGACUUUUGCUAAUGCCUCUUAUAAUGUCAACCUGUUUACAGAUAUGAUGCCUGAAGAAACUGUGUUACAGCUGGUAGCAGUCGACUCUGAUGCAGGUCCCAACGGUCAAGUCACCUACCGGAUCUUAGCUGGUGAUCAGGGACAUUUUCUUAUUAACAGCAGUACUGGGGUCAUUACCGUGGCACCAGGUGUGGAGCUCAGUGUUGGGCGGAGCUACGCGCUGACUGUGGAAGCCAUGGACAAUGGGCCCGUACCUCAGAGACGGUCAUCCAUUACUACGGUCUAUAUCGAAGUUUUGCCUCCAAACAACCAGAGCCCUCCACGUUUCCCCCGGCAACAAUACAACCUGGAGAUCAGUGAAGCAAUGAGGACUGGAGCUAAACUGCUUAAUCUGCAGGCAGUGGAUCGGGAGAGGGACCCCAUCACCUACAAAAUCCACAGCGGAGACCCCCAUGGACAUUUUGCGCUACAGCAGAAUUCAGGGUAUUUGGUCCUGGACAAGCCUCUGGACAGGGAGUCUCUGGAUUAUUAUACCCUGGUGGUCACAGCUUCAGACAGACACCCAGAUGGGACCUCCUCUGCAACCGUGAACAUUGUGGUGACAGACGUUAAUGACAACGACCCGCUGUUCGAUUCUUCACUGCCGGUGAACCUCACUGUCAUCGAGGAGCGGGAUCACGCCUAUGUUGGACAGGUCAAGGCGACAGACCCAGAUCUUGGGGCAAGUGGUCAGGUCCAUUACCGGCUCAUCAACCACCAGAAGCUGUUUUCCAUCAACGCCACUGGAGCGAUCAGGACUACGGUGCCACUGGACAGAGAGGUGAAAGGUCACUACUUUCUGAUCGUUGAAGCCUGGGAUGGUGCAGUGGACCCUCGGCGAUCCAGAUUAACACUCUCCAUCACCGUUCUGGAUGUAGACGACAACAGCCCGAUAUUCACCCAGCAAACGUACAAUGUCAGCCUCCCAGAGAACAGCCCAAAGGAUACAGUCAUACUACAGUUAAAGGCAAUAGACGCUGACCUCAGCUCCAACCUCACAUAUCGAAUCAGAAGUGAAGGCUCAGGCCAGGAGAUCGUUCGGCUGUUCCACAUCGACCCGGUGACUGGAGAGCUGUCGGUUCUUAAAGUUCUGGACUACGAGGCUCUGGCUGACUCAGAAGCUACAUACACAUUCACAGUAGAGGCCACGGACUCAGAGGGAACCAUGCCUCCUGGACUCGCCUCUGUUACUGUUAGAAUUAUGGACAUGAAUGACUUUUCUCCAGUAUUCAGCCAGUCAGUGUACCGAGGCCUGGUUGCCCCUAAUGCUGUCAAGGGAACCAUUGUAACCACGGUGAUGGCCAAUGACUCUGACCCUGUGGGUACCCCAGCAGGUUUAGUGCGCUACAAAGUCAACCAGGAGGCUUAUCCGUACUCUGCAAGUAUAUUUGAUGUGGAGGAACAGACGGGGAAUGUGGUAACCAGAGUAAACCUCAACGAGGAGCCCAACCUCAAGUUCAGUCUGGUGGUGGUGGCCUACGAUGAUGGCGAGCCAGUAAAGGAGAAUACAACUCUUGUAGAGAUCACAGUCCUGCAGCCCUCCGUCAUUCCCGUGUUCACUCAGGAAGAAUACAGGUUUCCACCAGUGAGCGAGGAGGCUGCUGUUGGAACCCCAGUGGGAGCCAUCAUGGCGGCUGCUGUCAAUCAAACUAUCAUCUACUCCAUCACGGAAGGCAACCAGGGAGGUGUGUUUGCAUUAAAUGAAACGACAGGAGUGAUUUCCACUGCCAAGCCCCUGGACUAUGAGGCCAACUCCUCCUACGUUCUGAAGGUGGAAGCGGACUCCAUGAGAGUGGUGUCCUCGAACCUCCGAGUUCCCUCAAAGACUAACACAGCUAAGGUGAUAAUCGACAUCCAGGAUGAGAACGACCACCCACCGGUUUUCACCAGGUCUCUUUACAUUGGAGGGGUCGCAGAGGAUGCCAAAACUUUCACCUCCGUCUUGCAAAUUCAGGCUCUGGACAAAGACACCGGUAACUACAGCUCUAUGAUGUACAGGCUCAUCAUUCCCCCUCCUGCUGGCAAAGACAGUAAAGAUACUAAAGACGGCUUUGUCAUCGAGCCAUACACCGGCGUGGUGAAGACAGCAAUCAUGUACCGGAACAUGAGGCGGUCAUAUUUCAAGUUUGAGGUGGUUGCUACGGACAACUAUGGUAAAGGACACAGCAGUAAGGCGGAGAUAGUGGUGUCAGUCGUGAACCAGCUGGACAUGCAGGUGGUUGUGUCAAACGUCCCUCCAACUUAUGUGGAGAAAAACAAAGACAAGCUGCUCAGCAUCUUGGAGCGCUACGUCCAGGAACAGAUACCGGGCGCAAAGGUUGUUGUGGAAACCAUUGGCCCCCAUCGCCAUGGUGACGGAAUGGAGCAGGAAGACUACACCAAGUCGGACCUCAUGAUUUAUGCCAUCGACCCGCUGACAAAUAGAGCUGUAUCGAGACAGGAGCUCUACAAGUUUCUUGAUGGUAAACUCUUGGACAUCAAUAAAGAGUUCCAGCCUUUCCUCCCUCCUGGUGGACGGAUUCUGGAGAUCCGAACCCCUGAGGUGGUGACCAGCGUGAAGAAAGCUGUGCAGACUGUAGGCUACACAGAGGGGGCGCUGUUGGCUCUGGCAGUUAUUAUCAUUAUCUGCUGUGUCCCAGCCAUACUGAUUGUCAUUAUCACCUACAAACAAUUCAAAGAACGCCAGGCAGAGUGUGCCAAAACAGCCCGUAUCCAGAUGGCACUGCCAACGGGCAAACCUGGGGGAUGCACUGCCAACAACCUGUAUGAAGAGCUGGGUGACAACGCCAUACAAAAUCCGUCAAACCACAGUGGCGGUGGGACUGGCGGCAGUUUGGAUGAAAGCGACCGCCAGCGUCUGAUUUCAGAUUUUGCCACACGAGCGAUCGCUGCCCAUCGUCAGUGCGUCGCUAACGGAGGGGUGCUCAACAACCUGCCCAAGUCUGAGUCCAACAUCACCUUUCUCUCUGAUGAAAACCCCCUGACCAUUAAAAAUCCCAUCUACCAUGAGGACGGGACGUUGAGCAGCCCAGAAACUCUUGGUAGAAGCCAGAGGAGAAGAGACCUUCUUGGGAAUUUCACCCCUUCCAGGAAAGGCCUUCGAGAGGCCUGGCUGAGGCUCAGCUCCCCUGGAGGAGACGUGGGGUUCGGUGGGUACAGUGGCAGUGACAGCGGGUGGGGAUCUGGAGGUGGACACAGCUGGACUCUCCCAUCAAGGUUGCAUCGAAGAGAGAUGUACGACGCUUUGAGGCGGCAAGUGGUUAUGGAUCCCGUUCAGUGGGAGCUGGAGCUUCUAAAAGCUGAAUUCAAGGAGAGUAAAGAUGCUGGUCUGGAUUCAGGAUUCGACCGUGGGUUGGAUUCCGAUUUGAUGGGAAGCCCAAGUCUGGAACCCAAGCUGACGGUCAAAGAACAAGCGAGACAGUUUGAGCAACAGGCGCUCCAGGAAAUGAGGCAAAGGCAAAGCAGAGAUUCGCGAGGAUCUCUGUCACCUGAUAUGUUACUUUCUGUUUUCCAGGAGUCUCCUCAACAUCACAAGCAAACCCUUAAUGCUUCACCUGCUCACGUCAAAGAGGGUCCCCCGAGUAUCAUUGUCACCCACAGUGAUGGAGGAACCCCUCCACCAAGUCACAAGCCAACUCCUCCUGUGCUGCGGCGCUUCGGGGCAAAUUUAACAGGAAAUCAGAGUCCGGAAGAAAGACUUCAGGUCCAUUUAGACGUCAUCCCUGAUCCCCCAUCAACCCCUCCGCCACCGCCUCCAACCUCACCACCUCCACCUCCAUCCCCACCACCACCACCUCCACCUCCCACAUCUGCUCCACUUCCUCCAUCAUCUCCUCCUCCACACUGCCCUCCCUCCCCUCCGCCUCUCCCUCCUGCUUCAUCUCACUCCAACCAUACAGAAAAGCAAAAUCCUCCUCCACCACUCCCACCUCCUCCCCCGCCUCCACCUCUCCCUCCCCCUCUGUCGCCCUCACUCCUGCGUCCAUCCACCUUUGUCCUCCCAUCAAUCUCGGAGGCGCCCACCCUGCGGCCUGUGUCCCUCCGGCCGCCACCUCCACCCCUCCCCAUGGAGCCCGAACCUCCCCGAAAAGAGCUGAAAGGAAUCUUAAAGAACAUUCAAAACAUCGCCGACAUCGAGAAGUCAGUGGCCAACAUGUUCAGCCAGAUAGAUCAGAAACAGAUCCCACUCAAAAAGGGAGGUAAAGAAGGAGUAGGAGCAACAGGAGAAGCAGGAGAAGGAGGAGAGGAUCCCCCACCCCCACCCCCACUUCCACAGAUUCAGCCCAACCCAAACAUGAACUCCAUCGUGGAAGAACUUGAGAAACGAUUCCCCUCUCAGUCUACAAUGCUCUAGCCUUUGCCUUUAUGAUAUGGAAAGCACACAGAGAGGAAUUUUUUAACAUUGUUGCAUAGUUGCGGCGGAGCUGUCAAGGGACUGAUGCUCAAAAUAGCUCAGUGGGAUGCUGUGAUGAUUCGGUGAUUCUUUACUGCACUACAGCUGUGCUCUUCCAACAUGACUUCCUGUUUUCUACAUAAGGAACGAAAAAGAACUAAUAUAAACUCUGGGUACAAGUAAAAUGUUCAUCCUCUCAAAUGAUGGAACAGAAAAGGAGAAGAGAGGGAAGGUGAACAGCAAGAAAGGUCACAUCCUGCACAGUCCUAAUGUAUUCAUGUAAAAGCUGAAAAGGGCUUCCUUCACUAUUUCUCUAACAGUGAAGGAUUAAAGGAGUGGUGAAGAAUGAAGAUGAAAUGAUAAUCAGGUCAAGUCCAUUUUUUUAAGUUGUGUCCCCAUUUCAUUGAACCUGAACUACAAGGAGGAAUUCAAGUAGUAUUUGUUUGGAGGGCUAACUCAUUAUCUGCCUCUGCCAUUAUUCUAGUUUCCCCACAAACGACAUUUCUAGGACUUGUUUUUUUUUUAAUUAACACUGAGGAAAAUUGGCUUAAAUUAGCUGCAGAUGGGAGCUGUGAAAUCAAGUGAUUAGAAGUGGCAAAAUGUCUCCUGGUUAACUUUCAGUUUGACUGCGUUCAUUACCAUUUUACAUCCACGCCAAGUGAUUGACAUUCUUGUCAACAACAAAUUAUAAUCAGUCAAAGACACAUGAUUGCUGAUGGGCCCUCUUGCUGUUGUGCAAAGCUAAUUUCAGGGUGUAAAACACACCCUCUGGACGUCUUAACUAGUUGAUUCUAGAUGUAGUGGGUGUGAAAUGUUAAACCUGCCAACUUGGAUUGAACUUUGCUGGACAUGGAUUCUUUGUAUUGUUUGUAGCAUGGAUAGUAUUCCACUGUUAGAGCCAGUGACAUGAUCAGUGUCACAUUCUGUCUCCAUUUCAUCUGUUCUCACUGUUCCAUAGUUACCUAAUAAUGUAUGAUCACAGAUUCUGGUCUGUGUAUAAGGACACAAUCCAUCUGUUCCUGUCAGUAGGUUGCUGUUAGCAGACAUCUUUCCAUCUUUGUUUAAUUUGAGUCAGGGCACAACUAUGUAUCUUUAUCAACCCUGUCUCCUAGAAAUUACAUAUAUAUGUUUUACUAAGUUGUUGUUACCAUUUACAUCACGUUACUGAAUGUAGUUACUGGCUGGACUGCAUUCACAGGCAAUGUUUUAUGCCUCCGUGUCAUCUAGAACCGUGGCUGGUGGCAUUAUGUUUUCAGGUUGUCCAUCCAUCCAUCUAAUUAUUGUGAAGGUGAUAUCUCAGGAACCUUGAGGGAUUUUAUUCAAAUUUGGCACAAACGUCCACAUGGACUCAACAAUUAACUGAUUAGAUUUUGGUGGUUGUUAAAGGAGCUAAGUCUAUUACUAGCUACUGAGGUAUUUGACCAGGGUUGAUGCUCAGUACAAAACAAACAAACAAAACUGUAGCAGUCCGCGCCAUUGCGGUCAAAAAUCAUUUGCCCUUCAGGGCCAAACACCUGAUGACCAUAGUGAGGUCACAUCCUAAAUGCCUGAACUCACCAGGUCACAGUACAGCGCCCCCAAUGCCCACACAGUGAAUUACACAGUUAGAAUCAAACCUCCCAAUAACAUAUUUGGCUCCUAUAGUGGUCAAAGGUCACCAUGCUCUGGUCUGUCAAAUUUCCCCUGAACAUGAUAUUUUAGGUACACACUGAGGGAAUUUCUUCAAUUUGGCACAAAUGUUCACUUGGACUCGAUGAUGAUUUUGACACAACAUGUUUUUGACCAUAACUCAAGAAUUCAUACACUAAUUGUGACAAAUUUUAACACAAUAGUCUAAUAGGAUAUGAUGAUGCGGUGAUGACAUUUUAUUUUCAUUUUAUUCAUUCAUUUUAUACCAUUAAAAUGACGUUGCAGUAACAAUCCAAAGUACAUGUUGUUUUACUGCUCAGUCCAGAAACAGAAUACUCUGCCUUCUAUUCCAGGCCUGGCAAAAAAAUUCAGCUACAAAAAAGGUUCCCUUCCUGAAACAAAAUUCAAAUUUUUCAUUUUACUGAAAAGUACAUUCCUUAUGUCUUCAUAUACAGUACAGGACAGUAAAACAAGAAAUGAACCUCAUUCUUGACUUCACCCAAAUUACACAACAAACAAAUUCUGUCCUCCUCUGGGGUAACAGUAAACCUUCCAGUCUCUAAGGCUAAUGGUAACGUUUCUGAGCUCAACUGUGCACAUGGAGAUCUUUGUCUUUUGUUUAGAUAACACUUCAUGUAAGGUUUAAACAGACCAGUUUUUCUCCAAACAUGCAAAAUAUUUCACUCCCAAUCUCCCAAAUAUCACAGGUUAACCUGUUUUGAGAAAUAAAUUGUAAAUUGACAAAUUGUUCAAAUAAAAUAAUGAUUUCAACUCAUUAGCCCAGGAAUGACAGUGGGAGGUUUCCAAAUUAAAAAUCUUUUCAGUGACUCUCUGCACUGACAUCUUCACAAGUCUAUUCCACAGCUGAAGCAUUUGACAUUGUGGUGAUUGUAUAGAUCCUCUGUGCUGUUGGGGUGAAGAUGUGUGAAGCAUCCAUGUUUUUUUGUAACUUCCUUGCAGCAACAUCCAUAUUUGAAGCAUUGUCUACUGUCAUGCCUAUGUAUGAGUCUGCGCAGACAUGGGUGGAAACUAACUGCAACUUGACUGGUUCACAAAGGCAUACAACCACAAAGUGGUGGUUCGAGUUUUGAGUGAAUGAAAAGCUACAUUCUCUUUCUAAUGAUAUAUACAAAGCACAACAGAGACCUAGGUGUGCAUCAUAAGUCCUGUCUGUAAUUACAUUUAGGCAACAAAUGCACUCUGGUUGAGGUUAGAUAAAGAUCUUGGUCAGAGGAUGUGAGUGGAGUGGAGCGCAAGCGAGCGGGGAGGGCAAGAGGAAGGCUUUUGAAUGGAGUGCAGGGCAGAUUUUCAAAAAGGUUAGAGCGUCACUUUAUCCCCCACUCAAUCCUGCACCAAUUUUGCUCUGGGACCACUCACACCAUGAGUUUGAAGCAUGCCUGACCCAGAAUGCACCUGUGUACCGUGCACACAGUAUUAUCUAUUGAAAAUGUCUGUUCAAACCCGACAACGGUGUACUCUCACAAGGAAACUGAGAAAUUAUACAAGCUAAAAUUAAAAUACAACACAGCUCUUUUCUUUUUCUGGUGUGAGUGAUUUGAGUGAAGCUGCCUCUAGCUGCUUUGAACAGGAGAGCAGAGGGAGCAGGGAGUGGAUAUUGUCACCACUCCACUCCGCUCACAUGGUCUGAACUUUGGGUUAAAUGUUGAUAAUCACAUUGUGUUUCGGGAUUCAAGUCACUGUGGACUUUUUCAGUUUUAAACCAAGACCAUAAUCUUUCUCUAACCUUCACCUUAAGUACUGCCAGAGCCUGAGCAUACCUAGGAAAAUGUUUGAUAAUGCGUUAGUCACCAUGAGCUGAUAUUGAAAGAUUUUAGGCAGAAAAUCAAAUCAAAAACUGAUACAUUUAGUACAGAAUUAACAUUUUUGUGACUUGUACACUUGAUUUGUUUUUCAUCAACAUUUCUCAUUGUGUUGAUGGAAACUAUAAUCCUGCCAGCUUUACGUUUCCUUCAAAAUAUGAACAUAAUUUGCAGGAGACAGGGUUUAUCUUUUGAUAUGAAUUGGUAAGUACAUCAACAUGUGUUAAAAACUUCAAAUUGCAAAUGCAGACAUUGUGAAAGUGAAACAUUCCUUUUGGCUGUUGUCUUUUGUGUUUUUGUGUCUGUUCCGCUUUCUGUCAAAUAUUCAUUUAGUUUGUUUUGGGUUAGGUGCAUUGAUACAGUAGAGAAAUGUCUAUAACGUUUAUGUAGAGUGUUUUUACAAUAUGUGCUACAUUUUUAUGAACUUUUUUCUAUAGGGUUGUAUUGCUUCUUUUACCCAAGG